AUGGCGCCCAACCAUGGCCUGGUCCAUCCAAAAGAGUACGACAUCAGAGACAGCAACGUGGAACUUAUCGGGACCGACAUCGACCAUCAGGUCAAGUACAACUCUGCCCUCACCGAGCCCGCGUGGAAUGACGGCAAAGUCGGCAUCGAGGCUGGACUAGUCAUCUGGCGGAUCGAGCAGUUCGAGGUGGUCCAAUGGCCAGAGGAGAAUUAUGGGCAGUUCUACGACGGGGACAGCUUCAUCGUGCUGCACUCUGAAAAGAUCAACGGCAAAGACGGCAUCGAGAGGCUUGCCCAUGACAUCUUCUUUUGGCUAGGGAAGCAUACAUCGCAGGACGAGGCGGGGACGGCGGCGUACAAGACUGCCGAGCUAGAUGAGUUCCUCAAGGGGACUGCCACUCAGCACCGAGAGAUCCAGGAGGCCCCGUCGGAUGAGUUCCUCGCCCUAUUCCCACGCAUGUCCAUCCGGGCUGGUGGAACGCGGUCUGGAUUCCGGCAUGUGGAGGAGGAGGAGACCUCCUUCGAUACGCCCACCUUGCUGCGCGUCUUCAAGAACCCGGCUGUUGGCGUCAAUGUCAAUGGGGUCGUGGUGCACCAAGUGGACCCGACGUGGGCGAGCCUGGACGACGCCGACGUCUUUGUCCUGGAUACGGAUGAGAAGAUCUGGGUCUGGCAGGGCAAGGACUGCAGCCCGAUGGAAAAGGCAAAGGCCGCUCAGGUUGUCCAUGAUAUGACAAUCGCGAAGCACUCCGAGGUUGAGGUCGUCUCCCAGGAGGAAUCCCGGUCAAGAAGAGUUGUCGAUCUCCUCGGUGGCGACGAUGAAACACCACGGGAAGGAUUCCGCUGUGCGAGACCGUUCUCUUCACGGGUUCAGCCACGCGGCGUCGAUCAGGCGUCUAAGAAGCUGUUUAGACUCAGUGACUCUUCGGGUCAGCUCUCAUUCGACCUCGUCAAGGACGCUGAGCGCGUGUCGCGGGAUGACCUAGAUGAGAGCGAUGUCUUUCUGCUCGAUGACGGCGGCAAAGCCAUCUGGGUAUGGCAGGGAAGUGGAUCGAGCGCCACAGAGAAGAGGUGGUGGUUCCAGAUCGCGCAGGCGAAACGAGAGUCGGGCGUUUAUGAGAGCCCUUGCGGCUUAAGGUGUGUAUUGCACUGCAUGUGA